CUUUUUUUCAUUUUGUUUUGGUCCCUUUUCCUCUUGCUUACUUUUUUUGUUGCAACAUUGUCUUCAGAUUUGCCCAGAAUGAGAGUCGCAGUCACACGUUUGGGAGGCCUGGUGCAGCGGAGAGGCUUUGCGAGCACGCCGAGGCGGCUUGACAACUAUGCCUUUAUUGGUCUUGGCCAGAUGGGCUACCAAAUGGCCAAGAACUUACAGUCCAAGCUCAAACCGUCAGACAAAGUUGCCAUCUUUGACGUCAACACGACGGCGUUGGAGGGCCUUUCGGCAGAGAUGAAGGCUGCGUCUUCGGGCGCUGCUGUUGAGGUGGCGGCCAGUGCGCAUGAUGCGUCUAAAGAAGCUGACACAGUCAUCACCUGCCUGCCAGAGCCUCAGCACGUACGAGGCGUCUACGAUUCCAUCCUGACGAGCUCCCUCCCCAAGAAAGAUCGCAUCUUCAUCGACUGCUCCACAAUUGACCCGACAACAUCGCGGCAAGUGGCCCAAACCGUCACAGAUGCUGGACAGGGCACGUUUGUGGACGCACCCAUGUCCGGAGGCGUUGUCGGCGCCACGGCCGGUACACUGACGUUUAUGCUGGGUGCUGAGUCCAGCAUCUUGCCUCGCGUAGAACCUACGCUAUUCCUCAUGGGCAAGAAGGUGCUGCACUGCGGUGACCAAGGCGCCGGUCUGUCGGCCAAGCUUGCCAACAACUAUCUCCUGGCCCUCAACAACAUUGCCACCGCAGAGGCGAUGAACCUGGGAAUUCGAUGCGGCCUGGAUCCCAAAGUUCUCGCCAAUGUGCUCAACGUGAGCACGGGCAGAUGCUGGCCGAGUGAGAUCAACAACCCUGUAAAGGGUGUUGUCGAGACUGCCCCCGCUAGCCGUGACUAUCGCGGUGGAUUUGGCAUAUCAUUGAUGAGAAAGGAUCUUCGAUUGGCGCUGGUGGCUGCUGAGGCAGCUCAGGCCAAGACAGAGCUGGGAACGGUGGGCUUUGGCAUGUACGAUAAGGCGGCGCAGCGUGAGGACUGCAAGGACCGAGAUUUUUCAGUUGUUUAUAGAUAUAUGGGAGGCAAGGAAGAGUAGAGUUAAAAGAACGAAUAGUAACGAAUUAAUGCAAAUUUAAUUUAGAGUCAUACGUAGCGGCGGAUGCGCGAUUGCACGGACUAACAUGAAGCUGCGUCGUGGCUCAACAAAGGCAUUGUUCAAGCCCGCGUCAAGCUGGCCUUAUCUCUCGGGUGCAUGAUCUGCUCGGAGAUGAGAGAGACAGCAUGGACACACCCUCGCCAGCGUGGG